UUAAGUUCGGUCUUAAGGAGGCUGCCCUUACUCUUCCAUCUGGCGCUCGCGCCUCCCUCCACUUUGAGCCCAAGAAUACCUACUUCACAGUUCGUCUGGAUAAGCCGAUAGCGGAGAGCACACUUGAUGACCUCCGCGGCGGUAUAGCCAAGCAUAAAGAGGAAAUACAAGAACAAUUACUAAAAGCCUCUAAGAACUCUGAGCUACCCGAAGCUCGAGAGGUCAAGGAGUACGCUAUGAAGGAAAUAUUUGUUCCUCAAACUUUGGAAGAAAUCGUUGAAAUAGCCAAGAAAGACGACGUCGUUCCUUUUACGGUUUCAGGCAAGUAG